AUUCCUCCUCCUCUUCCUCAACUCCUCGUCAACCUCAUCCUGCCCCCGCGCUGCCCCGUCCCACCCGCGCAUUCGAACGGAACCAUCCUCGACCUCGCGUUGCGCUGUGCAGUGCCUGCGCCCGCGUUCCUCGACCCCUCUCUAACUGCGACGACCAGACGACCAGACGACGACGACGACGACGACGACGACUGGCCAACAUGACUCGAGACGGGCACCCGCCGGUGACAAACGGCAGCGCAAAGGUGCCGCACGUCGCGACCCCCGCCGAUGCCGAUGCGUCGCCCCGGGUACCCCGCGUCCUGCCCGACGUGUGCCACACCCUGCGCCGCAAGGUCCUGACCUUUCUCGACGGCGAGACCGACGACAAGGUGCUGCGCAGCACGCAGGUCCGCGCGCGCGAGUCCAUGGUGGUCAUCGAAGAGGCGUUGCAGCGUUACGGACCCGACGAGCUCUCUCUGUCGUACAAUGGCGGCAAGGACUGCCUCGUCCUGCUCAUCCUGAUCCUCGCCUGCCUCCCGGCCGCCACCGCCCACCUGCCCCCGAAACAGCCAGCACAUCCGUCCGGCAACGGCUCUCCGCCCUCGGUACAACCCCUCAAAGCUAUAUACAUUGCGCCACCGGAUCCGUUUCCCGAGGUGGAGGACUUUGUGUCCAUAUCGACGGCGCAGUACCACCUGGACCUGACGAGGUACGCCCUGCCCAUGCGCCAGGCCCUCGAGGCGUACCAGCGGGACCAGCCGCUCGUGCGGGCCAUCUUCAUGGGCACGCGGCGGACCGAUCCGCACAGCGAGUUCCUCACGCCCUUUAGCCCGACCGACGGCGACUGGCCCCAGCUUAUGCGCGUCAACCCGGUGCUGGACUGGCAUUAUGCCGAGAUCUGGACGGUAAGCAGCAGCAGCAGCAGCUGCAGCAGCAGCAGCCACCUGUCUCACAGGCUUUCAUGAUGUGGCCACUUGCUGACGCGCUGACGUGGCGGUAGUUUAUCCGACGUCUGGACAUACCGUUCUGCAGCCUAUACAACCAAGGAUUCACGUCACUCGGCGGCACGAGGAAUACGCGCCCGAACCCGGCACUGGCACUCGACGGCGACGCAAAGUCGUUCCGGCCGGCGUACGAAUUGAUUCGCGACGAUGAGGAGCGCUUGGGGAGAGAUAGGUAGACGGAUGGCGCGAGCGGAAAUGGGUGCGCCGUAGGUGGAUUUGGGUGCAUUGGUUUAAUCGGCGAGAGCCAUGUGGUGGGAAGACGUCUGCUACGGAAUCUGGACCUGGCCAUGUACGUAGGUAUUGCAGGACUCAAGGAGAGGGCGCGGUUGAAAGAGACACGGGGCAUCGCGCCACGCCACACGGCCUUUUUGCCUGGUUAGAAGAUAGACACGCAUACAUAGAGCAUGACGGCGUUGGCGUUGAAGAUAUGAAGUACAAAUGAUG